AUGCGACUCUCCUCGACUGGGCUGCUAGCAAUUACAGCUCUUGUUGCAUCUAGCGGCAUUGCCUCGAUGUCUACUAUCGCCAACAUGGCGGUGCCUGACAAACUGUAUAAUCUGUCUAGUACAAUUUCCACCAGGUCGUUGAGAGAUUCUGAGCCAAAAGGCGGAAGAAACGAGGACCGAAUGAAUGCCGGUAUCGAAAAACUCUGGGGCCUGAUCAAAGCGGGGACAUCCAAGAUCAAGGAGUACGGGCAGUUCGGGACACUGGGAUCUAAAGACCAACCUGCAGCGGAGAUUUUGAAAUUUUUCAAUCUUGCGGAUGGUAUGGACAAUGCUCUGGCUUGA